AUGUCAUUGAGUAGCCGUUGCGAGUACUACAGCAAGUGCGCGUUUUACCAUAACGACAAAGAUCGUCUAGAGGCCGACGCUGCGUGGCGAUUAUGGGAACAUCGUUGGAGUUCCUGGCGGCAGCAGGUAGAUCAGAUUCUGGGGAUGCACAAUAAGCUAGAAAAGGAAAUCAAGCGCAAAGUUGACGGAAUUCUAAAGAUCAGGAUGCCUAGGCAGCAACCGUUUCAACGCCAGCAACAACAACGACAAGCUGCUGUCGAUGCACACGCGAUGACUCUGAAUCAGGCCACGACGUGUCACCAAGAUGCACAGUCCCGCCAGCCUGGUUUGGGCCCGAUUUCUGAACCACACCUUCAUUCUUAUCAAAGGAUGAUGCAAGGUGCACAGGCUCAACAGCACAUAAUGGGGCCUGUGGUUCACCAGGUGACAAAUACCGCUGCGACUCAGGGUGUCCAGAACCUCCUCAACAUGCAGCAGUCAGCACUCCAUAUAGACCAAGAUAAAGGGGCGGCUGGCGUAGGCUUUCAAGUUCCUCCAGGUUCCUCCUCUGAUAGUCAGAGGGGAACCGCAGUUGGGCGCGGUGAUACUCUGUUGUUCGCGUCCAAUAACGGCGACAGUGCAGGCUGUGGCAGGACCCGUUCGAGUGUGAAUGAUCUUCAGCCGCAGAAAAUAGAGAGCAGUGAACCAGAGGGAGGAUCAGGACAUCGCCAUGAAGGAGCAACGGAACCGUGUGCUACCAGACCCUCGAGUGGUUUGCAGAUCUUCCCUGGAGACCAGCACGGCCGCAGUACCAAGGGGUUUGAUGUAACCACAGACAGUCCUGCGGUGUUUGCCCCGAGGAGAGGUGCACGACAACAGAUCGAAGGCGGCCCAUGUGGACUCCACAAGAGGCAAGGAGAGGCUCCGGGAUGUUUCGGAAGUGGCGCGUGCCUUCGGGAUUCCCCGGAGGACAUUUGGCAUGUAGGCACGAAGCAGUACACUUCUUUUCGCCCUCAUCCUGCUUCUAGGGGGUAUGUAGGUGAAGACUACACCCACUCGGAUGGUGUGGACACUGUUUUUGAGGAUGACCAGAGUGGUGGAUUGGAUCUGUCCGCGCGCGGUGGUGAUCGCCGCAGGGAGGAGGAAGCAGGGACCAGUUUGGCACCGGGCUCAGCAGCCUCAUGCUCGUCUUACGAAAAUUUCAAACAAACUCAACGUCAAAGAUAUCUUAGCGAAACCAUUCAUUUCGGCACUGUCCAGAUGGCGCCUGUUCCAGCUGUUCCGGGCACCUGGACAGCUGGAGGCGGACGCGUGGGAGGGGCUGUCCAGAGCUCGUCGAGGGGUCAACAACUCUCCGGUCAUCAGGUGAACAGCCCAGAGUGUGUGUCAGGCGAGGGAACAGCUUCUAGAGAGGUAUCCAUCACGUCUGCAGAUGCGUUUUUAACAGGCUCUCCCGUCGUGCUAGGAGCAGGUUCGUCCCCGGGAGACAGACUUGAUGGGCAGACCACACCAGCUGAUACUACAGAAGCUAAGGGUCCCAAGGUAGGAGGGGCGCGCGGAUACCGAGAAACCAUGGUGGACAGCUGGGACCCGACAGGCACGGCGGCAAGCAGUCAACGAUCUUCUGUGAUCACAGGCUCAAAUAGGUUGUUGGCAGCUGGUGGAACCCCCAGAGCUUCACCUGCAACUGCGCCGGGGUCAAUGAGUAAUCGGGGAGAAAUGACAGACGUGGUGGUACGAGCUUGUCAACAGUCACUUCAGGUGCGUCAAAGACAGGGCGAAACUGCGGGAGCAGAGAGGGAAAGCAGGUGCGGCAUAAACGACGAAAUUGCAAGCGUGGCGGUACCGGACGCGGGAGAAACAGGGUCAGCGGACGGUGGUAAGGGUUCGCAGUCCACAGACGAAAGAACGCGUAGCAGCGGAGACGCUGAAGAAAUGGCAAACAGGACGGCCAAAAACCAGUGUACUCUGGUGGAAGACGCGGCUGUGUCAGAAGGUCGGGCGGAUCGGAGAGAGGAAGAUCUGGAGGACGCAGGUGGAGCGACUGUGGCCAUGUGCCAGAAAGGCGCCGACCAGCGACGGCUUCAGGAGAUGCGUGGACUGGAAGCGUGCUCGGGUAAGGCGGAUGCUUCACUUUACGCCUGCGGGCAGGUGCCGGGUACGGGGAGCUCGCCCCCGGUUCGGACAGGACCUCAUUUGGAGAGCUUGGGGAUGCAAGCGGCGCUGCACGAAGAGAUGAAUCUACGUCACAUGCAAACUGUUCCUCAUGAAACUGGAGCAACACUGCCACCAGCAGUGUCAGACUACGCUCCGUACACGCUCUUGGACUUUUGUUUUCUCGAUGAUGAUAAUGAUGGCAGCACCGGACAUCGAUCGCGUUUGGACUCGGCAGCGAGUGGCAGUGGCUCUGCAGAUAGCUCAGUGUAUUUCCGCGCUCAGGUUGGAAACACUUCCGGCGCACAAUGUAAUCAGACAGGCGGCGCGUCCGGCCAGCCCGGAGCGCUAAGCCCUCAAAGGGGGGAAGGCGACAGAGGGGGAAAGGCAGCGGAGGAUGACGGCGGGACAGAGGGCUGUAGAGGAGACGCAGGAGUGGUCAGCAGCGUUGGGGCGGACAGGGAAACAGAACGGCCACCGCAGCAUGGAUUUUCUACAGUUGCGGAUCCAGACUACCGGCCGUGGAACGCAGACACUUCAUUUGCUUCGAGGGGAGAUGCUGGGGGAGAAGAGGGUCCGUAUCCGGCGGAAGGCGAAUCUGCAUCAGAACGCGCGGGAGUUUCCCCCGCCAUGUUCAACUGCAAAGCUGCCGAGUUUUACUGGCUCCAGUCGACACAUGGAAAGACGAACUCUAGAGAAAUGUGCGGCACAGGUCUUGGAGAUAUACCCGCAGCUGCCCUAGCAUCGACGGCGCAGGAUAGGUUUAUCCAUGAGUCACAGCCGCUCUGCGGUUCUGACGGGCAUUUGCGGAUGUCCACCGUGCUCAAGUCUCCUGAGAAUCAGCAGACAAGCUCCAGAGUGCGGAGCUCAUUUAUAGCUGAAGGCAGUGGCGAGGUAGGCUCCACUGGAGGAUCGAGGCCGAGAAGCCGAGAUGCUGACGGCCGGCUACAGCAGGAGGGUUUGCGUUGCGGUACGGAGACCGAGCAAAUGGACCAUUUCACAGAGCGGAUGAAGGAAGUGACGACUGCAGUAAACGACCAGAUGCUCCAGGAGACGUCGGCAGGGAAGUAUAAUGAGAAACUCUCGCUGCUUUACAGUGCGUACUCGGUGCCCGAGGUGUCGGCACAGCAGCAGUUGAUUGAUCCCAUAGCAUUUCCUGAACUCCAGAUGCGUGCCGAAGGGCCGAACGUUCCUCGGAACGAUGACAUGAAGCAUAAAUGCACCAACCAUCCAAGCCGACCUGUCCAGCAGCAGGGUAGCACACCAGCUACGGAAGAGCAAGAUGAACUUGGCAACAGGGGGGGAACGAAAGAGAAGAAGAGCUGUGACGGGGGCGGCCGAGCAGAGGCGACUGGCGACUUUGGCCAAGACGUCUCUAAACUACUAGAGUCUUCUGCGGGGAGCUGCGGGAGACAAGAAACUGUGAAAGAUUUGGAACCCAGCGGACUACAAACGACUUCUUUCCUGUCAGAUUUUGCGUUUCAGCCGUACAGACCAGUUGUAGCUGCUUCUGACACAGAGCGCUCCUGCGAAGUUAAGCUGCGGGGGAUCACACAUUAUGAUCGAGGGCGGCGUUCAACAGUGGCGAGCAUGAUCGAGGCUUGUAGUCGCUGCAGCACCUCGACUACAGGGUUUGAGGAUGUCCUGGCUCGAGGAGAUACCUCGUCAGUGGGGGUCGGUUUUCCUUCUCGUGCUAGCAGUUUUUCCGCAGGUGGAAUUACUGGACUUGCGCCUGUCUCCAGAAGCAAUAGUUGUGCAAGUCCCUAUGGUUUGAGACCCGGCGGACGGACGAAUGAUAGUCUAUCUGUAGGUGCUUCGUCCACAUCUCCGGAAUCUCUGUCCGUCGCCAGCCCGACGUCUGGUUCGGGAGUGGGCUCUCUGUCUAGCGUGCCGGAAGAGAGGCACAUGGGACACACAAAGGGUUGCUGUGGAGCCGCAUGUGAAGUUGGUGAAGUUCCUCACGAGACCUCGUUCAUCUCGUUAGCGGCCUCUGUUCAGGGUGGAGACAUUUCCGCAGGAAACGCAGAUGUGGCGACGAGCCAAGCAGGAAGGUCAGGAUGUGGGAAUUUGCAGCCCGAGCUGUUAGGAGGUUCGAAACUGACAGGCGAACAAGGUAGUGGAGAAUCUUGCCAGGCGGUUGACCCAUCAACAGAGCAUGAUGUUCAGGAGGAACGCAUCGGAAAAUGCUGUGCGGCUACGGCACGUAGCGUGGAAGAUCCUCUCUGCGGUGAGGGCCGUGGUUCACGGACACAUGAGUAUUUGCCGAGCUACAUUAUCGACCACGAAAACAGCGCCAAAUGCUCACAUUGCGUGUAUUAUCAGCAUCUGACUGAACACUUGAAAGGAAUGCUUCACACAGCGAUGGAGGAAGUGCAGCGGCUGCGCUGUGGACCUGGGGUUCCACGGGGGUACGAUGGGGAUCAGGGUGGCACUCCGGGAGGCUCUGAGAGAGUUCUGUUCCCGGCGCCGGGGCUGACACAGUGUGAACGAAGCCUAGAGUCAUAUCUAGAUCUUGCAACUCCUGGAGCAAGUCUCGUCUUUCCCAUUUCCUCUUUCUCAAAUGUACAUUUACCUCGUGUGGAGGAGUCGGUCCCCGACACCACGUUGCGGAGUCCUUCAUCGCCGCUGGUGGCGAGCGGUGGGGGAACAGUAGAAGCGGCGCUGCUCGGCACGGAGCAACCGGAAUUGGAGGCCCGUAGCAUUAUGGAUGUCUUGGAGGGCAUCCAGGCAGGUCUGGGGUCUUUGGCUGUGGAGCCGCCACUGCUGGAUCCAGGUGGGGAGAACCCAGCGAGCACAGAGAAGGCGAUCGGUUUCCGCGGUGGAAAAAUGCCACGGCCGUCGGCCCCGUUCCUGUCUGCCUUGGCAAGGCUUACUACAGCAGCCCCCUCAUCGGAAGCUCGUUCAAGCGGGACCCAGGUAGCGGUGCACGGCCCGCGGCGACGAGAGAGCAGUUCAGGAGUUGUGAAGAGGAAGGCCAGCGAGGACUCGGCGUCCUCAGGAUACCAGGAGGCAUUCGAGGAAGAGCAAAGGCUAGAGCUCUCCAAACCGGUCUCGGCUCCGUCUGGCUCCAUGCGUGAUCGCGUGCAAGCUCCGGGAUUAAAGGGAGCACAAGAUUCGCAGAACUCGGCACCCACCAGUCUGCUCGCAAGUCUGUUGACCGGCAAACAACUCUCAGAGAAAGAGAAUCCUGGAUGUGACGGAGCACCGUGCUGCGGAGGAAGCGGUGUUGCGACCAGCCCAGCGACCGCCAACACAACCUUUCGUGGAGGCGCCGCUGAGGUAUCGGACCGUGUGUCCGGGGAAGGAAGCGAAAAUGGAGGCAGAGAGAGCGAAAAGGGGAUGUCGAAGGAGAGUGGAAAAGAACUACAGGAGAUAAAAAGGGGAGACGGAGGUCAAAUUUGCACCGGUGAGGAUGCCACCAAGCAUGGAGGAGGCAGUCGAGAGUUUGGUACCGGGUUAGUUUGA